UCUCUGUCUCUGUCUCUGUCUCUCUCUCUCUGUCUUUCUCUCUCUCUGUCUCUUUGUCUCUCUCUCUAUUUCUCUCUGUCUCUUGUCUCUCCCUCCCUCCCCCUCUCUCUGCGUUUCUCUGUCUCUCUGUCUUUCUCUUUCUGACUGUUUCUCUCUGUCUCUUGUCUCUCUCUCUCUUUCUUUCUCUGUCUCUCUAUUUCUCUCUGUCUCCUUCUCUCUGUCUCUCUGUCUCUUCUCUCUCUGUCUCUCUCUCUCUAUUUCUCUCUGUCUCUUGUUGCUCCCUCCUCCCCCUCUCUCUGUGUUUCUCUGUCUCUCUGUCUUUCUCUCUCUGUCUCUCUAUUUCUCUCUGUCUCUUUGUCUCUCUCUGUCUCUCUGUCUUUCUCUGUCUCUCUGUCUCUCUGUCUUUCUCUGUCUCUCUGUCUCUCUAUUUCUCUCUGUCUCUUCUCUCUCUCUAUAUAUAUUUCUCUCUCUCUGUCUCUCUGUCUUUCUCUCUCUCUCUCUCUCUCUAUUUUUCUCUGCCUCUUGUUGCUCGCUCCCUCUCCCUCUCUCUGUCUUUCUCUCUCUCUCUGUCUCUCUCUCUAUUUCUCUCUCUUCUCUCUCUCUCUCUCUCUGUCAUCCCUGCUGUUGCCAGGGAUGAGUGGGGCAGGGUCACAUUGUGGCUCUGUGUUGUAAUGGGCUCCAGGAGGAGGAGGGGACCCCAUCUCCAUUGUGAAGUGUGCUAAAUUUCACUGUGCUGUGUAAGGCGCUGCAAGAGCAGUGGGCAGGCCAUGGAGGUGGCAACAGCUCUGAGCCCAAAGCGGAGGGAGGCAAGGGCUGCUUUGAGCAGAAAUGUACCACGACAAAGGUGGAGUGCUGUUGCCACGCAAAGGCACUUUGCUCUGAAAGUGGAGCGAGUCUCCAUCCCCCACCGCUGCCCUUACCUUCUCAGGGUAGGCGAGGAGUGACUGGGAUGGGAGGGGCAGGGCCAGGGCCAGCCAGUGGUGGGAUCAGCUGACAGGGAGCUGCAGCAGAGGGUGGAAAGAGCCGUAUGUGGUUCAGAGCCGCGAUUGCAGACCCCUGGUGUUAGAUCGGCGCAGGGAAAGAAUACGCGAGCAGCGAGGUCCGUUCAGCACUUUAAUAGUGAGAAUAAGAGCAGCUUGCUGCGCUGCCGGGCUCGCCUUAUAAAGAGAGCCGACAGGCAAGCCGGCGAAUGACAGAACUUUAAAACUCCCACCGGUGGACUAUCCAAUCCGGCAGCAUGACCAUAUAUGGACAUAACACCCCUCCCCUCCUAGUUCUUAGUCUCUCUCUCUCCAUUGGUCACGUAUGUGAUGUAGUCACGCAGGUAGGCGGGGCGCCUCACAGUCCUGGCUGACCUGCGCAGAUCACUUCUUGCCUCGUUGUUGACCUGUGCAGUUGAGGCACUUGUCUCCUCCGGUUCCCGCCAUGGAACCAUCCAGAAUUUUGCUGUCGAGUGUGCGGACUCCAGCCCAGCACCUCCGGCUGGAUUCUCGGGACUCCCCGUCGGCCCCGGAGAGCGAUGUCUCGGCUCCUGCAACUCGCCCCUGAUCAGGACUGGCUGGCCCGGACUCGGCUGCCAUCGAAGAUGUCCUUGAACUCUUCAAGGAGCUUGUCGAGUUCGUCCUGCCGAAUCUGGUGGAUUCCUCUGAUUGAGACCCCUAGCAGCUCGAACCACUCCACUCCAAGGAGGGUCGGGCAGCUGUCCUUGACGAUGGUGAUGGGUUUUCUCUUCGGUCACAGCCCAAACACAGGAGGGAAGGUGAGAAGAAGAAUGACUGGGCUGCCUCUCCUUCUGCUGCUGCUGCUCUUCUGGCUCCUGCCUCCAACUUCUGCUAAGAGGAAGCAAAGUGUAUGUGUGUUGACAAACCCUUUCCAGACUCCGGAACAAUGGGACUAUUACAGGUCUGGUGACUUCAUCAUUGGUGGGAAUUUGAACCUGCAGACCUUUGAUCCCUUCAAUUUUCAAGACUAUGAAAACACCUUAUUCUCACGUCUUUUUGGAAAGGACAUCAUCAGCAAGAACUACCAGCAGUUCCUGGCUUUGAUGUUUGCAGUCAGAGAGGUCAACAAGGAUCCGGUUCUCCUGCUCAACAUCACCCUUGGCUUCCACAUCUACGACAAUCACAAGUUGGAGAGGAGGAUUUUCUUAUUCAGCCUCUCCCUGCUCUCCACACGAGGACAAAUGGUCCCAGGUUACAAAUGUGACCAGCGGGAGCCUCUGCUCUCUGUCAUUGGAGGUCUCAACUCCAGAUCCUCAAGGCUGAUGGCCUCCAUCUUCAGCAUCUUCAAGGUCUCGCAACUCGGUGUUGGCUUUGAGGUCUCUCAAAGAGACAGAAGAGUUUAUCCUUCCUUCUUCCGGAUAAAUCCCAAGGAAUUUCCUCAGUAUGAGGGUUUAGUCCAGCUGUUCCUGUAUUUCCAGUGGAACUGGGUUGGGCUGGUGGCCCCUGAAGAUGACAUUGGAGAACAUUUCAUCUCAAUUUUGAUGCCGAUCCUGAAGGAGAAGGAGAUCUGCCUGGCCUUCAGCAACCUGUUCAUUUCUGAUAACAUUGCAAAGUUGGAUUUAAACUCCCUUCUCAAAAUCUUAUUGAAAGCUGAAGUGGUUAUUCUCUUUGGAGACUUUAGAAAUGUUUCAUUUUUCCUGAGCCAUUUGUAUGAUGAUUUACUCUCUAGAAAGUCCCCGUUUUGGAAAGUUUGGCUAAUAACUUCCCAUUGGACAUUUGGUGCGAUAAGAUAUCCAUACAGUUUGAGAGUUUUAAAGCUCUUGCAUGGAGCUUUGCAUUUUAGAGACCACGCCGGGGACGUCCCCGAAUUCAGCCGUUUCCUCCUGUCUUUAGACCCUUUGAAGCCCCAAGGGGACGUCUUUCUCCCACUAUGGUGGCAAAGGGUCUUUAACUGCAGGUUCCAUAAACCAACUAGGUCCUACAAACAAUGCACAGGAAAGGAGAAUUUACAGAAUCUGCCAUCUUACGUGUUUGAAACAAGCAUGACGGGUGAAAGUUACAACAUCUACAAUGCUGUUUAUGCUGUGGCACAUGCGUUACAUGCAAUGCAUGGAUCAGGAAUGCGACCAGCCAUGAUGAGGCUUGGAAAGAGGAUCUCCAAUGUCCCGUCAUGGCAGGUAAUCCCUGGCACUUUUUAAUCCAAUCCACAGAGAGGAAACUUCCCAUAAGUAUUUCUUGAGUUACGAAUGAAAUAUCUGCAUGCUAUUUAUUUGCUGCCUAUUUCGCCAUGGGCCUACUCUAGGUGACUUACUACAAUAAAAAUGAAGAAACGAAAAGAGUGUAAGCAAAACAGAAGUAGAAUAAUAAAACAAUAAAAUAAAUAAUGAGAACAAAAUACAGUACAAGAAUACAACAACAUGAUGACCGAACAGUUGGAUGGGUGGACAGUAGCGAGCAAGGGAGGGGGAAUAGGAGUCUGUCCAUCAAUCCAGCAGCCCCCCUCCAGCAUGGAAGUGCCCCAUUGAGUCCGGUCUUCAGCUACCUACGGAAGGGAAGGAUGGUGGGGGGAGAUCUUAGCUGAGAAAGUGGGAUGUUCCGAAGAGAGGAUGCAGUAGGAUCUAGGGUAGGGAUGGCUAACCUUUUCUGGAUGGAGUGCCAAAAGCAUGCAUGAACCCCCCAAAUGCGAUGCACGUUCACUCCUGCACAUGCACUAAUGACCCCCUGCAUGGCCCUCACCCCUGUGUGUGCAUGACCCAUGCAUGUGCCCCAACCCUGUGCAUGCACACAUGAUGUCCUGCACAUGCCCCACCCACGCAUGUGUGUGCACCCCCCGCAUGUGCCCCACCCCUGCGCAUGCUCAGCAGAGACCCGACAACCAUGCGUGAACUGGGGCGAUGUCUUGCAUGCCCACAGAGAGGGUACUUCAUGCCACCUGCGGCACGUGUGCCAUAGGUUUGCCAUCAAACUCACCACAUCACGUUGCCAUCACAUGACGUAUCAUGAUGAUUUUCCCUUGACGGAGCUGGGGUGGGCGUGGCCUGCAUGUGACGCAUCCGGCCCGUGGGCCACCAGUUUGACACCUCUGGCCUAGGGUCACCGCAGCCGACUCACCACGGGAGAACCCUGCAGGACCAACUUGCUGUGGCCAACUCAUGUCUGCACCCAGUUCACCACAGGUCUCCCGCUGCAGCCGAUGCAUCCUGGGUGUUUAUCCUCAGCUGGCCCUCUGCUGGCAUUCCCCACCUCACUGGUCAACCGCCAGUAGCGAUGGAGGCGGGUGGUUUGGAGAACUGGUAGCAAAAAUCCCUGCCCCCUCCCCAUACCUAGCUGAGCCGCACAAUCAUCAGAGGCUUUUUUUAAACUUUUAAAAGCAUUUUUUAGGCUUAGGCCCAGGGUAUUUGGUGGACCAUCUGUGGCCAGUGACAGCUCCCCAUCGCCCGGUGUGUUCCCACAGGGAGGGCCUCCUUGGGGUGCCGUCAGCCAGAUAAUGUUGGCUGGUGACCUCUAGGGAGCGGGCCUUCUCUGUGGGCGCACCUACCGUGUGGAAUCAGCUUCCCCUGGAGCUCCGGGUGGCCCCUAACCUUCGCUCUUUCCGCCGUGACCUUAAAACAUGGUUAUUUUGCCUAGCUGGUUUGGACUGAAGGGGUUUUAAAGGGGAUUUUAAUGGUCUUUUAUAAUCCUAUUGGGUAUUUUAAUAUUGUUUUUGCUUGUUUUUAUUGUUGUGAGCUGCCCUAAGUCCUUCGGGGAUAGGGCGGCAUACAAGUUUAAAUAAUAAAUAAACAAAUAAACAAAUAAACAAACAAACAAACAAACAAACAAAUAAAUAAAUAAAAUGUUUGUACAACCUCUUUGGCCAAAAAAAUGUUUUUAAAAGUUAAAAAAAAAAGCCUCUGAUGAUCGCGUGGCU